CAGGUACAGGGGCCUGACUCGGGACCAGGUGAAGGCUAUCAACUUCCUGCCGGUGGACUAUGAGAUUGAGUAUGUGUGCCGGGGAGAGCGCGAGGUGGUGGGGCCCAAGGUCCGAAAGUGCCUGGCCAACGGCUCCUGGACAGACAUGGACACACCCAGCCGAUGUGUCCGCAUCUGCUCCAAGUCAUAUUUGGCCCUGGAAAAUGGGAAGGUUUUCCUGACGGGUGGGGACCUCCCCGCUCUGGACGGAGCCCGGGUGGAUUUCCGGUGUGACCCUGACUUCCAUCUUGUGGGCAGCUCCCGGAGCAUCUGUAGUCAGGGCCAGUGGAGCAGUGCCAAGCCCCACUGCCAGGUGAAUCGAACGCCGCACUCAGAACGGCGCGCAGUGUACAUCGGGGCGCUGUUUCCCAUGAGCGGGGGCUGGCCCGGGGGCCAGGCCUGCCAGCCCGCGGUGGAGAUGGCGCUGGAGGACGUGAAUAGCCGCAGGGACAUCCUGCCGGACUACGAGCUCAAGCUCAUCCACCACGACAGCAAGUGUGACCCAGGUCAAGCCACCAAGUACCUGUACGAACUGCUGUACAACGACCCCAUCAAGAUCAUCCUCAUGCCUGGCUGCAGCUCCGUGUCCACACUCGUGGCCGAGGCCGCCCGCAUGUGGAACCUUAUCGUGCUUUCCUAUGGCUCCAGCUCCCCGGCCCUGUCCAACAGGCAGCGCUUUCCCACAUUCUUUCGAACUCAUCCGUCGGCCACACUCCACAAUCCUACCCGUGUGAAGCUCUUUGAAAAGUGGGGGUGGAGGAAGAUCGCCACCAUCCAGCAGACCACUGAGGUCUUCACCUCGACUCUGGACGACCUGGAGGAGCGAGUGAAGGAGGCUGGAAUCGAGAUUACUUUCCGCCAGAGUUUCUUCUCAGAUCCAGCCGUGCCCGUCAAAAACCUUAAGCGCCAGGAUGCCCGAAUCAUCGUGGGACUUUUCUAUGAGACCGAAGCCCGGAAAGUGUUUUGUGAGGUGUACAAGGAGCGGCUCUUCGGGAAGAAGUACGUCUGGUUCCUCAUUGGGUGGUAUGCUGAUAACUGGUUCAAGACCUAUGACCCGUCCAUCAACUGCACGGUGGAUGAGAUGACCGAGGCCGUGGAAGGCCACAUCACCACCGAGAUUGUCAUGCUGAACCCUGCCAACACCCGCAGCAUCUCCAACAUGACAUCCCAGGAGUUUGUGGAGAAACUGACCAAGAGACUCAAGAGGCACCCCGAGGAGACGGGCGGCUUCCAGGAGGCACCGCUGGCCUACGAUGCCAUCUGGGCCUUGGCACUGGCCCUGAACAAGACGUCUGGAGGGGGUGGCCAUUCGGGGGUGCGCCUGGAAGACUUCAACUACAACAACCAGACCAUCACCGACCAGAUCUACCGGGCGAUGAACUCCUCGUCCUUCGAGGGUGUCUCUGGUCACGUGGUGUUUGAUGCCAGCGGCUCCCGGAUGGCCUGGACGCUCAUCGAGCAGCUGCAGGGGGGCAGCUACAAGAAGAUCGGCUACUAUGACAGCACCAAGGAUGAUCUUUCCUGGUCCAAAACGGACAAGUGGAUUGGAGGGGCCCCCCCGGCUGACCAGACCCUGGUCAUCAAGACAUUUCGCUUCAUGUCCCAGAAACUCUUCAUCUCAGUCUCUGUACUCUCCAGCCUGGGCAUUGUCCUGGCUGUGGUCUGUCUGUCGUUUAAUAUCUACAACUCUCAUGUCCGUUACAUCCAGAACUCCCAGCCCAACUUGAACAAUUUGACUGCUGUGGGCUGCUCCCUGGCGCUGGCUGCCGUCUUCCCCCUCGGGCUGGACGGUUACCACAUUGGGAGAAGCCAGUUCCCUUUCGUCUGCCAGGCACGCCUCUGGCUCCUGGGUCUGGGCUUCAGUCUGGGCUACGGCUCCAUGUUCACCAAGAUCUGGUGGGUCCACACGGUCUUUACGAAGAAGGAGGAAAAGAAGGAGUGGAGGAAGACCCUGGAACCCUGGAAGCUGUAUGCCACGGUGGGCUUGUUGGUGGGCAUGGAUGUCCUCACCCUUGCCAUCUGGCAGAUCGUGGACCCCUUGCACCGGACCAUUGAGACUUUUGCCAAGGAGGAGCCGAAGGAAGACAUUGACGUGUCCAUCCUUCCCCAGCUGGAGCACUGCAGCUCCAAGAAAAUGAAUACGUGGCUUGGCAUUUUCUAUGGUUACAAGGGGCUGCUGCUGCUGCUGGGUAUCUUUCUUGCUUACGAGACCAAGAGCGUGUCUACAGAGAAGAUCAACGACCACCGGGCUGUGGGCAUGGCCAUCUACAAUGUGGCGGUCCUGUGCCUCAUCACUGCCCCGGUCACCAUGAUCCUGUCCAGCCAGCAGGAUGCAGCCUUCGCCUUUGCGUCUCUUGCCGUAGUGUUCUCCUCCUAUAUCACUCUGGUCGUGCUGUUCGUGCCGAAGAUGCGCCGGCUGAUCACUCGCGGCGAGUGGCAGUCGGAGGCGCAGGACACUAUGAAGACGGGCUCGUCCACCAACAACAACGAGGAAGAGAAGUCCCGGCUUCUGGAGAAGGAGAACCGGGAGCUGGAGAAGAUCAUUGCCGAGAAAGAGGAGCGUGUCUCCGAGCUGCGCCAUCAGCUUCGGUCUCGGCAGCAGCUCCGCCCCCGGCGCCACCCCCCUACUCCCCCAGACCCCUCGGGGGGCCUGCCCAGGGGGCCCCAUGAGCCCCCUGAUCGGCUCAGCUGUGACGGGAGCCGGGUUCAUUUGCUGUACAAGUGAGGGCCUGAGGGGUGGGGGAGGGGCUGGGAGGAAGGCCUCCUCUGUAAGUCUGGGGUCGUCCGGGUCCCCAGGACUGUGGGACCGGCGCGUUUUACAGCCUGCGCUGUCCGGUUUGUGCCUGGCUGCAGCUUCCCGGCCGUUGGCCCCGGCAGCGCGCCGCGCCCCUUGCCCGCCCGCUAGCGCCCUUCUCCGGCCACCUGGUCUCCUUCCGCCGGCCCGCCGCUCUCCCCUCUCCCCUCUCCCCUCUGGAGUUUCCCGCCUCCGCCCUGUGCGUGCUCACGCUUCCCCCCCCACGCUUGUGUGCAUGCGUGCUCACGUGUGCUUUCCUCUCCUUCCUGUGCUCGCGUGUGCCCCUCGUCCUCGCCCCCUCCGGCGCUCGUGGCCGUCGCGCCCUUUGCCUGUCGAGCGGAGGCUUCCCCACCGGCGCAGCUCCGUGUUCACCCGUGCGUUCUCCCUGUGCGUGCUCGUGCUGCCUGGUACCCGCGCCUUUGCCCCUGAAACUCAUUGUCUUCCAAUGGAGCCUGCACAUCGUUAUGCACCUGCCCCGGUUCACACCCUCCCGUGCUUCUGCUUGAACCCCCUUUGUGCUCCUGUACUGCACUAGGCCCACGCUCCCAGGCCCCCUUCCCAGGACUGCUCCCUUUGGGUUUGUGUUUUCUGGGGGGAAUUAAGGGAGAAGAAAUGGGGGCAGGCUUGGAGACCUGCUUCCAGUAGACAGUUGGUGAGAAUCCCAACCACGGGAAGGCCCCUGGACGGCCGACAGGCACAGACGGAACUAUGGGGCAGGAGGUGGCGCCCCCUUCACGCCGUGGUGUCUCUUGGGGAGGGAUCUCCCCCAGUCUCAAUAAAGCAGUGAACAGUGUGA